AUGAAUGUCGUGAGUAUGUUAUUAUUCUACGCUGGCAGAUUCUACACGUGGCUAGACAUAGGAUGUUUCGUUGAAGAAAGCACCUGUUACGUCAACAUGUUUCUACUAGUUUUCCUCGAAAACCUAUGCACCAACAACUAUAUUGUCUUUCAAAUAUGGUUGGUUCGAGUAUAUGAAGAUAUUAACGAAUAUUUGGUACAGCAUGAAGAUAGAAUUGAUAGAAAAGUGGUUGAAAUGAUAGAAAGGUGUUACAAGUAUGCUUAUGAUGUGACAAAAGGUUACAACGAUAUUUUUGGGCAGUUCCCAAUGAUAAUGACGAUCAUGUCUUUCGACGCGAUCGAAAGAAGCGGCGCUGCAGUGAUCAACACCUGUUACCUCCUCCAUUCCAGAGCGGCCAGUGAGAAUGUCAUGGAACACCUGCGCAACCUGACGGUCUACACAGAGAGGUGGAGACCUACGUUUACAGCAGCAGGCUUCUACACUGUCAACAGGAGUUGUAUCCCUUCGAUUUUUUCUUCGCUUGUCACGUAUUUGGUCAUUAUUAUACAGUUUAAUGUUAUGUUUGAGUCUCCUGAUAAAGGCCAAAAAGACCAAAAUGAUGCGUUGCAUGGUAACAAAUCAUUGAUUCCUUAGGAUAUCUAUCCCUGUAUAGGGUGUUACAAAAUAACAUACCACUGCAUAUAGAGCACUAAAAUAAUGCUACAACUGGCAGCCGAACUAGCAAAUAUUUUUUAUAAUUUUCGACUGUCCGUGGUAUUUCAUAUUAUAGUUGCUUUCUUAUUGCCCUUAGAAUGCAAUUUUUGAUUUAAUAUAAAUGUCAGUAAGACAAUUAAGCUUUUAAGAGGUAUUAUGCUUUAUGAAGUAGUCGUAAGAGAAUAUGAGCUAAAAUACAAGACAAGUUUUAAUACGGUUUAAUAAUAAUAAUAAUCAACGUCUUUUAUUAAUUUGUAAUAUUUUUAUAGUAGGCGAGAUUUAGAUUAUAUAUCUAUUCUACCAUCUAACCCCUUUAACAAUACGAGAUGUAAAAAAACAGAAUUUGUUACCUGUAUACAAUAACGACAGAAUAAAGUAUAAUCUAAGUAAAUGCAUAAAGAAAAUAUGAGGCCACUUAUGGGUUACAACAGAUUUCACUGCUGAUCAAGUAGGACUUCUUUCACUUUUUUCUUGAAUUUGGGUAAUGGAUUGGUUUCUUUUAAACUGCGGUCUAUAGUAUUAUAUGAUUUGAUCGCAUUGUAAAUAUAUGUAUUCUGAAAUAGAGAUGUGCUGUGGCGUGGAAUUGAAAAAGUCUCUCUAUAUCUAAUAUUAAUGCCAUGCAUAUGCCCUCUACGUAUGGAUUUGUUUACUAAAUAUGACGGUG